UAAAUUUUUUCCAGCCGUUUGGCGAUCACCCAACAUGCAUAGUCCUCCGUCCAAUGAAAACGCACAUGAUUGACCAAAAGUGAAGGAAAAUCGCCAAAAAAGAAGAAAAAAGUAAAGGAAAAAGGAAAAGGCUGAGGGAAAUGGGGCCCAGCCUCAUGGGCUGACGGGUUUAUUAAUCAUAAGAAGAAGAAAGUAGUUCCGGCAGAACGGAAAGAAAAUCAAUAUCGCCAAAAACCUUGGGAGAGGAUCCUCUCCGGACCCAAACCCACCGGAGCAUCCGGAUCCGUCUUCGUCGGCAUCUUGGGCUUUCCCGGAGCCGGCGUCGUGCUUUCCCGAAGCCGGCGUCGUGACUUCCUCGGAGCUGGUUGUCGGAGAAGAUGCAGAAGAUGCAUAAUUGAAGAAGAAAGUUUUCCGAUACACAAACAAAGAAGGAAGAAGGAAGUGAAGAAGAAGAUGCAUAAUUGAAGAAGAAGAAUUGAAGAAGAAGCAGAACCAAAUCUGCAGAGAAGAAGGAAGAAGGAAAUCUGCAGAGAAGAAGGAAGAAGGAGGAAGAUCCGGAGGCUCCGGUGGGUUUGGGUCCGGAGAGGAUCCUCUCCAAAAACCUUCAAUUUGCCUAAAGAAAAUGAAGGAAAUGGAUACCUGGUCGAGCUUAGGGAAGCUGUUAACUUUGGUGCUGGUGUUGGUGUCCUACCACUUUGCGGCUCGCAAUUCCGGUCUUGUCUUUGAUGUCCUCAUCUUCCUCCUCUGCUCCCUCGGCCUCGUCUUUCACCAAGUGAAUGCCUCAGUCCCCAAUAAAGCCUCGUCGUCCUCCUCCUCCUCACCCGGAUCCUCAUCCUCAUCGUCCACCUCCGCCUCCUUGUCCUCGUCCUCCUUCUCAAAAGGUUCGCUCUACGACGUGUUCAUAAGCUUCAGAGGCGAAGACACACGUAAAAACUUCACGGGCCACCUCUAUGAAGCAUUAACAAAGGCUGGAAUCAAUGCUUUUAUUGACGACGAAGAACUAAAAAGGGGAGAAGAAUUAACAACCGCAUUUGAGCGGGCAAUCCAAGGUUCCAAGAUCUCUAUCAUCGUCUUCUCUAGACAAUAUGCGAACUCCAGCUGGUGCCUCGAGGAGCUGGUUAAGAUCAUGGAGUGUAGAAGAACGCUGGGGCAAUUAGUUUUGCCGGCAUUCUAUGACAUUGAUCCUUCGCAUGUCAGGAAGCAGAUUGACAGUUUUGGACAAUUGUUUCUGAAACAUAUAGAUGAAAAGAAGGUAGCGAGAUGGAAGGAAGAGAGGUGGAGAACUGCUCUUACUGAAGCUUCGAAUUUGUCUGGCUGGGAUCUCCAAAACACUUUGGGCGGGCAUGAAGCCAAGUUUAUCAGGAUGAUUACUGAGGAAGUCACUAGGAAGCUGAACAACACAUACUUAGACGUAGCGCCCUACCAAGUCGGAAUAGAUUCUCGAGUGCAAGAUAUUAGUAAUUAUUUAUGCAUCGGAGAUUCAGAUGAUGUUCGGGUGAUUGGAAUUUUGGGCAUGGGUGGAAUAGGUAAAACAACGCUUGCUAAAGCCAUUUAUAAUCAAUUUUCUGACAAGUUUCGAGGUAAAAGUUUCCUUGAAAAAGUGAGGGAAAAGAAACUAGAAAAAUUGCAAAAACAACUUCUUUUUGAUAUCUUGCAAACCACCAAGACAAAAGUAAGCAGUGUUGCUGCAGGGACCGCCUUGGUAGGGGAAAGAUUUCGACGCUUAAAGGUACUUUUCAUAUUUGAUGAUGUAGACGAUGUGAAGCAGCUACAGGAAUUAGUUAGAAAUCGCCAUUCUUUUGGCUCGGGGAGCAGAAUUAUCAUCACAACAAGAAACGAACAUGUGUUAAAAGAAUUUGCAGUUGAUAUGGUAUAUCCGGCGAUAGAAAUGAAACGAGAAGAAGCUCUUGAGCUCCUAAAUUGGCAUGCUUUCAGAAGUAGUUGUUGUCCUAGUCAAUAUCUUGAGCUUGCAAGAGAAGUUGUCAAUUACUGUGGAGGAGUGCCAUUGGCUCUUCAAGUUUUAGGUUCUAACCUGUUCAACCGAAGCAUAGGAGAUUGGAAAAGUACAUUGGAUAAAUUGAAAGAAAUUCCUCUUGAUAACAUUCAGGAACAGCUGAAAAUAAGUUACAAAGGGUUGAAUGAUGACUACGAGAGGGAGAUAUUCCGCGAUAUAUCUUGGUUGAGCUUAGGGAAGUUGUUAACUCUGGUGCUGGUGUUAGUGCCCUACCACUUUGUGGCUCGCAAUUCCAGUCUUGUCUUUGAUGUCCUCAUCUUCCUCCUCUGCUCCCUCGGCCUCGUCUUUCGCCAAAUGAAUAUCUCCAUCCCCGAUAAAGCCUCGUCCUCGUCCUCCUCCUUGCCCUCAUCCUCAUCGUCCUUCUCCGCCUCCUCGCCCUCACCCUCAUCCUCAUCUUCCUCCUCUGCCUCCUCCACCUCCUUGCCCUCAUCCUCAUCCUCAUCGUUCUCCUCUGCCUCCUCGUCAUCGUCCUCCUCAAAAGGCUCGCUUUACGAAGUGUUCAUAAGCUUCAGAGGCGAAGACACACGUAAAAACUUCACGGGCCACCUCCACGAAGCAUUGACAAAGGCCGGAAUCAACGCCUUUAUUGACGACGAAGAACUAAGAAGAGGAGAAGAUAUAACUACCGAACUUGUGCGGGCAAUCCAGGGUUCUAGGAUCUCUAUCAUCGUCUUCUCAAAAUGGUACGCGGACUCCAGUUGGUGUCUCGAGGAGCUGGUUAAGAUCAUGGAAUGUAGAAGAACGCUAGGGCAAUUAGUUUUGCCAAUAUUCUAUGACGUUGAUCCUUCCCAUGUCAGGAAACAGAAUGGUAGUUUUGCACAAUCGUUUCUGAAACAUACAGAUGAAAAGAAGGUAGAGAGGUGGAAGUUAGAGAGGUGGAGAACCGCUCUUAAUGAAGCUUCGAAUUUGUCUGGCUGGGAUCUCAGAAACACUUUGGACGGGCAUGAAGCAAAGUUUAUCAGGAUGAUUACUAAUGAAGUCACUACGAAGCUGAACAACAAAUAUUUAGACGUAGCGCCCUACCCAGUCGGAAUAGAUUCUCGAGUGCUAGAUAUCAGUAAAUGUUUAGGCAUCGGAUGUUCGGAUGAUGUUCGCGUGAUUGGAAUUACAGGUAUGGGUGGAAUAGGUAAAACAACGAUUGCAAAAGCCAUUUAUAACAAAUUUUAUGAAAUGUUUGAAGGUAAAAGUUUCCUUGAAAAAGUGAGGGAAAAGAAACUAGAAAAAUUGCAAAAACAACUUCUUUUUGAUAUCUUGCAAACGACCAAGACAAAGGUAAGCAGUGUUGCUGCAGGGACCGCCUUGGUAGGGGAAAGAUUUCAAUGCUUAAAGGUACUUGUCAUAUUUGAUGAUGUAGACGAUGUGAAGCAGCUACACGAAUUAGCUGGAAAUCGCCACUCUUUUGGCCCGGGGAGCAGAAUUAUCAUCACAACAAGAAACAAACAUAUACUGAAACAAUUAGCAGUUGAUAUGAUAUUUCCGGCAAAAAGAAUGGAUCGAAAAGAAGCUCUUGAGCUCCUAAGUUGGCAUGCUUUCAGAAGUAGUUGUUGUCCUAGUAAAUAUCUCGAGCUUGCAAAAGAAGUUGUCAAUUACUGUGGAGGACUGCCGUUGGCUCUUCAAAUUUUAGGAUCUACUCUUUUCGAAGGAAGUGUAGUAGAAUGGAAAAGUAUAUUGGAUAAAUUGAAAAUAAUUCCUCCUGGAAAAAUUCAGGCACAGCUGAAAAUAAGCUACGACGGGCUAAAUGAUGAUUACGAGAGGGGGAUAUUCCUUGAUAUAGCUUGUUUUUUUAUCGGAAUGGACAAGAAUGAUGUCAUACAAAUCUUGGAUGGUUGUGGCCUUUAUGCAACAGCAGGAAUCAAGGUCCUCCUUGAUCGGUGCCUUGUAACUAUUAAUGGCAAAAACAAGAUGAUGAUGCAUGAUUUGCUUCGCGAUAUGGGCAGAGAUAUCGUGCAUGCAGAAAAUCCUGAUUUCGCUGGAGAACGAAGUAGAUUGUGGCAUCCUGAAGAUGUAAAUGCUGUGUUGAUAGACAAAUCUCAGGGAACUGAAAAAAUUGGUGGUCUGGCUUUGAACAUGCUGAGCCUUGAAGAGACUAGUUUCAGUACUGAGGCAUUUAGAAAUAUGAAGGGACUGAGAUUGCUCCAACUAAACUACGUUCGGCUUGCUGGGGGAUACCAAUGUCUUUCCAAAAAAUUAAGAUGGUUGUGCUGGCAUGGAUUCCCAUUGGAGUUCAUACCUAUAGAACUAUGUCAACCAAACAUAGUCGCUAUCGACAUGCGGUACAGCAGCCUCAAACAAGUUCUUUGUGAGUAUUCUGGGUUGCUUGGUAAGUUGAAGAUUCUGAAUCUCAGCCACUCCCACGAUUUAACACAAUCGCCAGACUUUUCAAAAUUCCCAAAUCUUGAGAAAUUGAUACUCAAAGACUGUAAGAGGUUGGCUAAAGUUCACAAGUCCAUCGGAGAUCUCAAGAGUCUUGUGUUGGUGAAUUUGAAAGACUGCGAAACGCUUAAGGCUCUCCCGAGGAAUUUCUACAAGUCGAAAUCUGUCAAAACUCUUGUUCUCGAUGGUUGUUCAAGAUUCCGAAGCUUGUCUGAGCACUUGGGAAAAAUGGCAUCAUUGGUCACUCUUUUUGCUGAUGGGACGGCCAUAAAAAAAGUACCACCUUCCAUCGUACGACUGGAGAAGCUCGAGUGCCUAUCUUUGAGUUACUUGAAGUGUCCUUUGCAGCUACCUUCCUUACGAGGCUUAGGCUCUUUAACAGAGUUAUCUUUGAGACACUGCAAUUUAAUGGAAGUGCCUAAUGAUAUUGGGAGUAGUCUACCUUGUUUAGAGUACUUAUUUCUAGGCAACAAUAAUUUUCGGAGCCUUCCAAGCCUCGGUGACCUGUCCAUGCUUAUUGAACUACGCUUGGAUAGUUGCAGAAACCUUGUCGAGAUCACAGAUUUACCAAAAAGUUUGGGUAUCUUGGAGAUGAAGGACUGCUCUGCAUUAGAAAGAAUGUCAGAUUUUUCAGGCAUGUCGACAAUCGUGUAUCUCGGUUCCCCCAAACUCAUUGAGUUUCCAGGCUUGGAGAGUGCGUUAAACUCGGGCCUCAGACUUGAUAUGUUAACACACAACAAUGUCAUGGAUUUCCUUCUUAAGGAUAGCACGCUACAGGUUCUCUCUCUCUUCCACAGCACCCCCUCUCCUCCUUCCCUCGCAUAUGUGUGUUAUGCAUGUAUUACUCACACAAAUCUUGUUCAACAUGGUAUAGGGAUGGACAGGAGAUGGAUACAUGAGACUCUUGUAGGAAGACAAAUUCCCACUUGGUUCAAUCAUGUCAACGAGGGUACCCAAGUCUCUUUCGAAGUGCCUAAGGAAAUUGGUUGUAAUGCAAAAGCGUUGGCUGUGUGCAUGGCUUAUCGUUCUUUUAUUGAUGUCGACAGCGUGUUUUUUGGUUCUUGUUUCAUUUGUGUUAUUAAUCACACCAAGCGUACUAGUUUUUUUGUCGACCUAAUGAGCCCACCAGCUUGCGGUGGAGAGUACCUUUGGCUGGGGCAUAUACCGUUAUGGGAAGAUAAGUUCAAUUUCGAAGAAGGCGAUUUGGUCCUCGUUAUUGCAAAGAUUCUACGUAGUGAUCAGUUCAUGGUGAAGAAAACAGGGGUACGUUUACGUAGUGAGUUCAUGGUGAAGAAAACAGGGGUACGUUUAGUGUGUGACAAGACUUUCGAAGGUCGUUUGUACUAUCGUUACUAUCCUAUCCCUUACGGUAGGGCCUUAGAAGAAAUUCCCACCGAAAAUGAUGAAGAUUUUCAUGAGGAUUAUGAAAAUGAUGAUGAGGAUGAUAGUGAGGAUGACGACGACGAUGAUACUAAUGACGAGGGUGAUGACAACCAAGAUGAUGACGACGACCACGAUGACCAUGUAAGCUAGGAAACUUCCUGGUUUAAUCAGCUAGUUUGCAGAUACAGUUUGUCUUUUUGGUUAGGAAACUUCCUGCUUGAUCUGUUUUUAACAUGUUCUCUCUGUUUGAACUUUCUUGUUUCUGUGUUGGUUUGAUUUUCCUUAUUAAUGCACUUUUAAAGGUUUGUUUUAAGGAAAAAAAAAGGAAUUGAAGUA